AUGUGUCAUGGACACCCCCAUUAUCAUCCAUGUUCUCAUACCUCUAUCAAGUGGUUAUAUUGUCCCGAGGCAAACUUUGACUUAGCGACAGGCUAUGAGGCUCCAUGCGCCAACCCCAUAUAUUCGACCGCUCAGCCCGUCAAGACCGAUUGUCCUUUGAAGAAUUGCAACUUCAAAGCACUGAAAGGAAGUUGGAGCUGUUGCACGUGCGGGCAAGGCCCCAACACACAAGGAUGGUGCACUGUUGUGAGGCAAGUUGUGGAUUGGAACCCGGUCACGAAGAGGAUGGAGAACAUGGACGUGCCUUGCGGGCAUGGUUGCUGCGGCAUGUGUAGCCGCUAUCCGUCCUCAAGGCAAUCGACGCCAGAGAUGUCAUUUGCCGAGAUCUGCAAAGGAAGGUCCGGUCGCAAAAGCCAUGGCAAUAGUAGGCUGCCCGGACACAGGCGACCUUCGGCGUACGACAACAACUUCGGCGGAAGCGUCGCGGCCGUCGUGGACGAUUCGCCAGCUACCACCUCUUCAGUAGCACACACCUCGCGAAGCUCGCGGAAGUCCGCGUACGACACUGGUGUAGAUUAUUUGACCAAGAAGGCCAAGGCAACGAGCAGUUGUAAGAAAACAGGAUAUAAGCAGAGAAGCUAG